CGCCGUCCCCCUCCCGACGUCGCCGGCGCCCUGGGCCGAGCGCUGGCCAGGGCCAGGGGCGGGCGGGCGCCCGGCCGGAUGGGCUGCACCGUGAGCUUGGUGUGCUGCGAGGCGCUGGAGCCCGGGCCUCCCUGCGGCCCCCAGCCCCCGGGGAGCCCCCCGGCCCCCGCGCCGCCCAAGUGCCGGGAGCCCCGGGGCUCGGCCCGAGCCGAGAGCAGGCGGCUGCUGCUUCAGCCAGAGGACCUGGAGGCCCCCAAGACGCACCACUUCAAGGUGAAGACCUUCAAGAAGGUGAAGCCCUGUGGGAUCUGCCGACAAGUUAUCACCCGGGAGGGCUGCACCUGCAAAGUCUGCAGCUUCUCCUGUCAUCGGAAAUGCCAGGCCAAGGUGGCUGCCCCCUGCAUUCCUCCGUCCAGCCAUGACCUGGUGCCCAUCAACACUGAGACUGCUCCAAAGAAUGUAGUGGACACAGGAGAAGGAGCCUCCCGGGGUGGAAACACACGGAAAAGCCUUGAGGAAGACAGCUCCACCAGACUCACACCAAGUGUCCAACCCCAUCCCCAGCCCAUCAGAAACAUGAGUGUGAGCCGGACCACGGAGGACAGCUGCGAGCUGGACCUGGUGUACGUCACAGAGAGGAUCAUUGCCGUCUCCUUCCCCAGCACAGCCAAUGAGGAGAACUUCCGGAGCAACCUCCGCGAGGUGGCCCAGAUGCUCAAGUCCAAACAUGGAGGCAACUACCUGCUUUUCAACCUCUCUGAGCGGAGAUCUGACAUCACAAAGCUCCACGCCAAGGUCCUGGAAUUUGGCUGGCCCGACCUCCACACCCCAGCCCUGGAGAAGAUCUGCAGUGUCUGCAAGGCCAUGGACACUUGGCUCAAUGCAGACCCCCACAAUGUCGUCGUUCUGCACAACAAGGGAAACCGAGGCAGGAUAGGCGUUGUGAUUGCGGCUUACAUGCACUACAGCAACAUUUCUGCCAGUGCCGACCAGGCCCUGGACCGGUUUGCAAUGAAGAGGUUCUAUGAGGAUAAGAUUGUACCCAUUGGCCAGCCAUCCCAGAGAAGGUACGUGCAUUAUUUCAGUGGCCUGCUCUCUGGCUCCAUCAAAAUGAACAACAAGCCCUUGUUUCUGCAUCACGUGAUCAUGCACGGCAUCCCCAACUUCGAGUCUAAAGGAGGGUGUCGGCCAUUUCUCCGGAUCUACCAGGCCAUGCAACCUGUUUACACAUCUGGCAUCUACAACGUCCAAGGAGACAGCCAGACGAGCAUCUGCAUCACCAUCGAGCCUGGGCUGCUCUUGAAGGGAGACAUCUUGCUGAAAUGCUACCACAAGAAGUUCCGGAGCCCAGCCCGUGACGUCAUCUUCCGUGUGCAGUUCCACACCUGCGCCAUCCAUGACCUGGGGGUUGUCUUUGGGAAGGAGGACCUUGACGAUGCCUUCAAAGAUGAUCGAUUUCCAGAAUAUGGCAAAGUUGAAUUUGUAUUUUCUUAUGGACCAGAGAAAAUUCAAGGCAUGGAACACCUGGAGAACGGGCCAAGCGUGUCUGUGGACUAUAACACCUCUGACCCCCUCAUCCGCUGGGAUUCCUAUGACAACUUCAAUGGUCAUCGAGAUGAUGGCAUGGAGGAGGUUGUGGGCCACACGCAGGGACCCCUGGACGGGAGCCUGUAUGCCAAGGUGAAGAAGAAGGACUCCCUGCACGGCAGCACCGGGGCAGUCAAUGCCACGCGGCCCGUUCUGUCGGCCACCCCCAACCACGUGGAGCACACCCUCUCCGUGAGCAGCGACUCGGGCAACUCCACAGCCUCCACCAAGACAGACAAGACCGAUGAGCCUGUCCCCGGCCCCUCCAGUGCCCCUGCUGCCCUGAGUCCCGAGGAGAAGCGCGAGCUGGACCGCCUGCUCAGUGGCUUCGGCUUGGAGCGAGAGAAGCAAGGCACCAUGUACCACGCCCAGCAUCUCCGGUCCCGCCCGGCGGGAGGCCCUGCUGCGCCCUCCUCCGGCCGCCACGUGGUUCCGGCCCAGGUUCACGUCAACGGCGGGGCCUUGGCAUCUGAGCGGGAGACAGACAUCCUGGAUGAUGAGCUGCCCAACCAGGAUGGGCACAGCGUGGGCAGCAUGGGCACGCUGUCCUCCCUGGAUGGGGUCACCAACACCAGUGAAGGGGGCUACCCGGAGGCCCUGUCCCCACUGACCAACGGUCUGGACAAGCCCUACCCCAUGGAACCUAUGGUCAAUGGCGGGGGCUACCCCUAUGAGUCUGCCAGCCGGGCGGCGCCUGCCCAGGCUGGCCACCCUGCCCCCAUGCGACCCUCCUACUCUGCACAGGAGGGAUUAGCUGGAUACCAGCGAGAGGGGCCUCACCCAGCCUGGCCGCAGUCAGUGACGACCUCCCACUAUGGCCAUGAUCCCAGCGGUAUGUUCCGCUCUCAGUCCUUUCCGGAACCUGAGCCCCAGCUGCCCCCAGCUCCAGCCCGUGGGGGGAGCAGCCGGGAGGCUGUGCAGAGGGGCCUGAAUUCCUGGCAGCAGCAGCAGCAGCAGCAGCAGCAGCCUCGCCCACCUCCUCGCCAGCAGGAAAGAGUCCACUUGGAGAGCCUCGGGCUCAGCAGGCCCAGCCCCCAGCCAUUGGCAGAGCCCCCCAUGCCUGGCCUCCCUGAGUUCCCGCGGGCGGCCUCCCAGCAGGAGAUCGAGCAGUCCAUCGAAACCCUCAACAUGCUGAUGCUGGAUCUGGAGCCAGCCACGGCCGCCGCUCCCCUGCACAAGUCCCAGAGUGUCCCCGGGGCCUGGCCGGGGGCUUCCCCGCUCUCCUCCCAGCCCCUCUAUGGCUCCUCCUGCCAGUCCCAUCCACUGACCCAGUCCAGAUCUGGCUACAUCCCCGGCGGGCAUUCCUUGGGAGCCCCUGAGCCAGCCCCACGGGCUUCCCUGGAAUCUGUCCCUCCUGGCAGGCCUUACUCACCUUAUGAUUAUCAGCCAUGUCUAACUGGGCCCAACCAGAGUUACCGUCCAAAGAGCCCAGCUGCCUCUGCCUCCUCGUCUGCCUUCCUUCCAAACACCCAAAGCUCUCAGCAGCCCCCAGCGUCUCUCCCUGGCCUCACCACUCAGCCUCAGCUCCCACCAAAGGAGGUGACUUCAGACCCAUCCCGAACUCCAGAGGAGGAGCCAUUGAACCUAGAGGGGCUGGUGGCCCACCGGGUAGCAGCGUACAACGCCAGGCUGCAGGGCGCUGGGCAGAGUGUCGUUUCCGGCUCCGGGCACCCUCCUCUCCACGGGCUCCGGUCUUCCUCUCUCUCUGGGGUGCAGGCUCGGGAGAAGCAGCCUGCAGAGCCCCCGGCACCUCUCCGGAGGCGGGCGGCCAGCGAUGGGCAGUACGAGAACCAGUCGCCGGAACCUGCAUCCCCCCGUAGCCCUGGGGUUCGCUCCCCUGUGCAGUGCGUCUCCCCGGAGCUGGCUCUCACCAUCGCUCUCAAUCCUGGAGGGCGGCCCAAAGAGCCCCAUCUGCACAGCUACAAGGAGGCCUUCGAGGAGAUGGAGGGAACCUCCCCAACCAGUCCACCGCCCAGUGGGGUGCGCUCCCCUCCAGGUCUGGCCAAGACACCCCUGUCUGCCCUGGGCCUGAAGCCCCACAACCCAGCCGACAUCCUGCUGCACCCCACGGGCGAGCCCCGGAGCUAUGUGGAGUCGGUGGUGCGGACGGCGGUGGCCGGGCCCCGGACUCAGGACCCUGAGCCCAAGAGCUUUAGCGCCCCGGUUGCCCAGGCCUAUGGCCACGAGACACCCCUGAGGAAUGGGACCCUCGGAGGCUCCUUUGUGUCCCCCAGCCCCCUCUCCACCAGCAGCCCCAUCCUCAGCGCUGACAGCACUUCGGUGGGGAGUUUCCCAUCCGGCGAGAGCAGCGACCAGGGCCCACGGACACCCACCCAGCCUCUGCUGGAUUCUGGCUUCCGCUCCGGCAGCCUGGGCCAGCCCAGCCCUUCGGCUCAGAGAAGCUACCAGAGCUCUUCUCCUCUCCCGACUGCGGGCAGCAGCUACAGCAGCCCCGACUACUCCCUUCAGCAGUUCGGCUCCCCGGAAAGCCAGGCCCGGUCUCAGUUCAGCGUGGCGGGUGUCCACACGGUGCCUGGGAGCCCCCAGGCGCGGCACAGGACAGUGGGCACCAACACUCCCCCUAGUCCUGGCUUUGGCCGCCGGGCCGUGAACCCUGGCAUGGCUGCCCCCAGCAGCCCCAGUCUGAGCCACCGCCAGGUGAUGGCUCCGCCAGGAACUGGUUUCCAUGGUAACACGGUCUCCAGUCCCCAGAGUAGUGCCGCGACCACUCCGGGGAGCCCCAGCCUGGGUCGGCACCCUGCGGCCCACCAGGUUUCAAGCCUCCAGGGCAAUGUGGCCACCACUCCAGGGAGCCCCAGCCUGGGCCGGCAUCCGGGGGUCCACCAAGGCAACCUGGCUCCCAGUCUCCAUGGCAACGCAGUAGCGAGCCCCGGAAGCCCCAGCCUGGGCCGUCCCUUGGGAGGGUCUGGAUCUGUGGUUCCUGGCAGCCCCAGUUUGGACCGGCACGUAGCCUAUGGUGGCUACUCCACCCCUGAGGACCGGAGACCCACACUGUCCCGACAGAGCAGCGCCUCAGGCUACCAGGCUCCUUCCACGCCCUCCUUCCCUGUGUCCCCCGCCUACUACCCUGGCCUGAGCAGCCCCGCCACCUCCCCCUCUCCGGAUUCAGCAGCCUUCCGACAAGGGAGCCCGACACCAGCCUUGCCAGAGAAGAGGAGGAUGUCCAUGGGAGAUCGAGCGGGCAGCCUCCCCAACUACGCCACCGUCAACGGGAAGGUGUCCUCCUCGCCUGUCGCCAGCGGCAUGUCCAGUCCCAGUGGGGGCAGCACCGUCUCCUUCUCCCACACUCUGCCCGACUUCUCCAAGUACUCCAUGCCAGACAACAGUCCUGAGACGCGGGCUAAAGUGAAGUUUGUCCAGGACACUUCCAAGUAUUGGUACAAGCCCGAGAUCUCCAGAGAGCAGGCCAUCGCCCUCCUUAAGGACCAGGAGCCGGGGGCUUUCAUCAUCCGCGACAGCCACUCCUUCCGGGGAGCCUAUGGGCUGGCCAUGAAGGUGUCGUCGCCCCCUCCGACCAUCAUGCAGCAGAAUAAAAAAGGAGACAUGACCCAUGAGCUCGUGAGGCAUUUCCUGAUAGAGACGGGCCCCAGAGGAGUCAAGCUUAAAGGCUGCCCCAACGAGCCAAACUUUGGAUCUCUGUCUGCCCUGGUCUACCAGCACUCCAUCAUCCCGCUGGCUCUGCCCUGUAAGCUGGUCAUUCCAAACCGAGACCCCACAGAUGAAUCGAAAGAUAGCUCGGGCCCUGCCAACUCAACCAGCGACCUGCUGAAGCAAGGGGCAGCCUGCAAUGUGCUUUUCAUCAACUCUGUGGACAUGGAGUCACUCACUGGGCCACAGGCCAUCUCCAAAGCCACUUCUGAGACACUGGCUGCCGACCCCACGCCAACUGCCACCAUCGUUCACUUCAAAGUUUCUGCCCAGGGAAUUACACUGACUGACAACCAGAGAAAGCUCUUCUUCAGACGACACUACCCCCUCAGCACCGUCACCUUCUGUGACCUGGAUCCACAGGAGAGAAAGUGGAUGAAGACAGAGGGAGGUGCCCCUGCUAAGCUCUUCGGCUUUGUGGCCCGGAAACAGGGCAGCACCACGGACAACGCCUGCCACCUCUUUGCUGAGCUUGACCCCAACCAGCCGGCCUCCGCCAUCGUCAACUUUGUCUCCAAGGUCAUGCUGAGUGCCGGCCAGAAGAGAUGAAGAGAGGAACCCCCGCCCCUUGCCCGGGGCCAGGGCAGGGGGGAUGGGGCACGUGGGGAGGGGACCUGUGCAUCCUGACCAUCCUUGAAUCCGGAAGGAGGACUUUGGGCCAAUUUUGGAGAAGGAGAGAAGAAAGUGUAAUGUGGGGAGAGGGAAGUGAAUUGAGCGGGGAGGGGGAGAGAGAGAGAGGAAGAAAGAGAUGGAGGAGAAUAACUCGCAUUCCCCUGGGGAGAUGGAUACUGCGAACCCUGCCGAGCCUCCACAGCUCACCAGGUCCACCUGACUCCCCCUCCACCCUCUGAUGGGGCUCCUCACAGGAGACAGAAUCAACCUCCUUGCAGAUCCACAUUUUGGGGGGAAAUGGGAAAGCUCUUUCUCCCUAACCCAACUGCUUUGCAAGGAGAAAUCCUGUCAAGAGAAUCUUUUUCUGGCCACCUCUAGGGUAGAUCACCAAACCAAAAAGAGCCAGCAUGGGACAUCCAGUGGCGGAACGUUUGCUUUUGAAAGUAUCUCAGAUCUGAGGCACCUAAAGUCUCUUUGCUCUGCCUCCCAUGUACAGUUUGUGGGUGUGUUUAUGGGGUGUAUAUAUGGCCACACCCACAUCCUCACACACGGAUCUCUGUUUGCCUCUCAGCUAGAAUUAUAAACAGGUAUACUUGUCCGGGUCCCCCGUGUUUGCACACACGUGUGCAUUCUGUCCAAAGAAAGUUAGAGUUGGGGGUGACAGGGCAGCAGGGAGGGGGUUUAAGCUCCCUUCCCCAGGAGCACCCAGGAGUAUGGGUAACGGACUCUCUCUUGGUCCCUGCACCUGCGCGAACAGCCUUGGGUGCCGCCAGCCCCUUCUUCUCAGCAGAGACCCCCAUGGAGUGGGUCUGGCCACGCUGCAACGUUACCCCUCAUCUGCCUCCACCAGGAAGCUGGAGCGUUGGUUUGAGGAGAUGGGAACUUGUGUGUCCGUAGCUUUGGGGAAGGGAUCCCUCAGGAAGGGGGGCUGAUGAGCUCCAGGCACGUCCCCCGAGGCGUGUGGCCCAGCUCCCAGCCCUCAGCCCCUCCUUGGGUUUUGCGUCCCGGUCCAGCCUUUCUCAGACUUGCUUAGGUGCAUGAAGCCUUUUUGGGCGCUGGGGGUCGAGGCUCCCUGCUCCGCCCUGCUCUGCUCUGUCCUGCAGGCUCCCCACGUGGGGGCUCAUCCUGGGAACCUGCUUCUAGAAGCCCUGCUCGGCGAGGUCCAAAAGAGAUCCCCGCUGUUCCUGUGCUCCCUCUGCAAGGGGUUGGGGGUCUCACUAUUGCUGGGCUGCCCUGGGGAGCUGGCCAGAGCUCUGGGGGCUGCCGCCUGUGCACCACAUGGCCUGCCUGCGGCCCCAAAGCCUUGCUCUUCCCCCUUCUGCCUUUGCUUCCCCCCAGAGCCCAGCUGCCGUGGAGCGGAGGGCAGAAGGCACACAUUUAGGCCGAAGGGCCAAGAGUCCAGUUGUGCGAUUGGGAACCCCCUGACCACCACCCAAGAGCUCGAAGCUGGAUGGAAAAUCCGCCAGGACACCAUCCUUGAGUGGCUUCUUAAGCCUCUGGGUUCCCUAGAGAGAGGCAUUGUACUGAUAUAUAAAUAUAUAUAAUAUAUAUGUGAGACAUACUGACAGAAUCUGUAAGCUAAUAAAAUAUAAGAAAAGGUUAAAAAAAAGAAUAGGUAAAUUGACAAGAAGUAUUUAUUAUUUUUCCAUAUCGCUUUAUUGCCUCCCUGGCAUAAUCCAGUCCCCAUCCCUCUCUGUACCUAUAAGUGAAGCCUGAAAGUUAGGGGCCUUUAUCCCUGGAGCCAUCAGGGGUCUCCUUGCCCCGGCCUUGGCCUUCGCUCGACUCUGGCUGGGGCUCAGCGGGGAGGGGGUGCACGCGUUCCAUUCCCUUCACACCGCUUAUUUUUGGCAAGCCGGGCCCUUCUGUCAGCUCCCGGAGAUAAGGGGGGUGCGGCCCGCCUCCCUGCGGGGGACACGGGUGUGCGUGGUAGGCCUGGGUGAUGUGUGCAUCUUGUAUUUUUUUCUCUUCCGAGAAGCUGUAUGUGUGUGGACGUGCUGUUUCAAGGAGUUGGAAAGGAGGGCGUCUGACGAUGGCGGGGAGCAGGCCCCCGCUUCCCGAAGGUUGAAACCUUGUCCUUGGCCACUGAGGUUCCUCCAAAGGGCCCUUCCUUCUGUGGCCUUCAAGCCAGACACCCUGAUUUCCCCCCUCUCAUUUCCUACCUACCCCCCCACCCCAACUUUCUUCCCAGACAGAAGGGGAUAUUCCCACCCACUUCCUUUGUAAAUAUCUCAAUCUCCCACUCGCCAGCCUGGGAAUGCUCUCCUCCUGGUCUGGAUGGCCGGGCAGAGCAUCAGACCCUUCGUGCGCGUCUGGGGUCAGCCUUCACACAUACUUUCCCACUGCCCACCAGCAGCCCACCUCCCAGGAAUGGCCGGUUCACCCCACUCAGGCCCAUGUGUGACUCUGGGAAGGACUCAGGAGUUGCUGGGAAGCUGAUCAACUGCCCCCAUCCCAACAUUCUUCUGGAAAGAGUCAGUUUCCUAGAGUGUGGCCUGUCCAGAAGGAUGAUGGGGAAGGGUCCCCCAGUCUCCACUAUGGCCUCACCUUUGGGUCAGACACUGCUUGGGGAGACACCUACCGUCACCCUCCCGUGUCACACAGGUUAGGCCUGUGCACCCGGCACACGUGAGCACACACACACACUCACACACCCCCACACACAACCACAGUGCUGCAGUAUGUUCUUGCCAAAGAUUUCCUUUAAAAGAAAGCACUUUUAAUAAUUAUUGUUAUUAUUGUGUAAAUGUUUAUCCUUUUUUCCCCCACCCCUCCCCCAACCUUUUUUGUUGUUGUUUAUUGUUGAACCUGUUUGUCAGUCGGGAGAGUGCCAUCUGGUCUUGAAAGUGGGCUGGGGAGGAGGGGAUGGGAAAGGGUUCGGGACCUGAGAGGCCCGGUCAGCUGGUGAUGCAGAGACGCAGACCCCAGGUGAGCUCAGGCCCCCUCCCCAGGCCCAGCCUGCGUCUCGUGCAGCCCGGCCUCUGAGGAAGCCCGGGCCUCCCCGUAGCUGCCCUGUACGGUGUCUGGAGGGAAGGUGGGGGCAGGGAGGUGACAGCCCUCUGAUCCAGCGGGGAGAGAGGCCCGGCAAGGUCCAUGUGGCCCUUCCCAGAUGGAGCCAGAGGGGAACGGUUGGCAUGGGAACAGUGGAGAGGUGACCCCAGAGGGGAAGUGUGGGGGAAGGGAGCUGUCUGAUGGAGCUCCAGGGCUGAGCGAGUGGCCCUGCCCUGCAAUCACGGUCUUCUGGCUCCCUCCUUCAGCCAGGUGUUCCAGGGACAGAGACAUCAUGUCCUAGGUUUGGGAAAGGCCCUUUGACCCAGGGCUUCAUUGGAGCCUCUCCUGUAGCAGCUCCAAAUGCUUUCGAACUGCCAGGAUUCCUUCUCCCCUGGCAGGGUUUUGAGGGAUCCCUGGGUAUGUCAGAGACAGGCAGGGUGGGGGCGGGGGGACUGGUGGCUGUGCGACCAUACGAGGGAGCCCUCGGGACAAGUGUGAUUCUCUGUACAGGGGCUCCAGGAGGGAGAUGAGUCGGGCAUCCUUCUGCCCACUCGGAUGGGCCGAGCAGAGGUUGGGUAGGCCCCUUGCGCCGCCCAGGGGUCUGUGGACGAGUCUGUACGCGGAACAGCCCCCCUUCCCUGGGAUCUCCGUCCACCACCCCUGCCUCCUGGGUCUCCUCCCCAGCUUUGGUCUUUCCCAGCUUCAGGAUCUGGGGGAAGUCAAGGGGGCCAAUGCCCUGUCCAAGGGCUGCCUCCUGCCCCUACAUCUCCCCACCCUCGGGAUCCUUGGAGAGGCUGGGGGCAGAGUUUCGGGGCCACUCGUCACAUGGGUCCAGGCCCCAGAAUCCUGAGACUACAGUGCCCUGGCCAGUGGUAACACAGAACGUGUGCGCGUGCGUGUGCAAGUGUGGGUGUAUGUGUGCGCAUUUUUUGCUCGUCUCUUUAGGGAACUUAGGAGUUGGAUUGGAGGUGGUGGGCAAUGGGAUGUCAAGUUCACGCUCACCCAGUGGCGAAAGGAAUCAGGAGGCGAGGCUCUUAGGGCCCCCGACUGGGGGAGUCUCCGUGUCGGCGAUGGUGGGGUCAACCACACGGGGUGGCACUCCUCUGUCCUCUGAUGUUGAAACGUUGGAGGACCUCUGUUUAGUUCCCACACGUGGGCCCUUCCCAGGGGCAAGGUAAUUGUAGAGGGGGAGCCCACUUUUAUUUUUAAUCAGUGUUCAACAGUUUGAGACUCUCCUGUGUGUCCAUGUGUGGUGUGUGUGUGAGAGAGAGCGAGCACAGCUGGGCCUGCAUGCUGUAUUUCCCCACCUCUCUUCUCUCUGACACAUCAUUCAAAACAAAUGUAAGAAAUUCCUCACCCCUACUCCUCCCCUUGCCUCCCAGACCCUCUGCAGGAAAAACCAAAUAACCCAGCACCCUCCCGAUCUCUUGGCUGUGUAUUUAUAUAGAUGGAAAUAUACUUUCUAUUUUGUAUCAUCGUGCCUAUAACCUCUGUCACCUUGUAUAAACCCUGAUGUAUGCUACUUAUCCUGGAUAUGAAUGUAUUGUACACUGAUGCUGUCCCACUCCUGUACAGCUGCUUUGUUUCUUUGCGAUCCAUUGUAUGGCUUUAUACAUGAUAAAGUGAAAGA